CAUUAAAAAUCCACGUACAAGUUCUUCAAAAAAAAAAAAAAAUCUACGUACAAAACGCGAGGAAAGCAAACCCUAAUUCCGAAAUCAAUCGAAGAAGAUGAUGCGUGGAUCCAUCCUUGCCGGGAGAUUGGGGUAUCUCCGAUCUCGCAGCUGCUCUUCCCUGAGUAGUGUGAAAGGUCGAUCCUUUCCUCUCUCUCUCUGUCUCUCUCUCUCUCACACACACACGAUUGUUUUGCACCUGUUUGUAGAUGCGACUACCAAGGAGCAAGCUGCGGGUUCAAACAUGCGGACAGUUGUCGUCAGAGGGAUAAUUGCAUGCUCUGGAUACAAUCUUGGGUCCUACUUGUACUCCCCAGCCGAUCCAGAAACUCAACCACGAAGACCUCGAAGCGACCCUCCCAAAAAAGUUACAGAGCAUUACGCUCACCUGGUUCAGUCAGCUCGGGAGGCAAAACGAUUACAUGAAGAAAACGUUGAUGAGAUUAGCAAGGCUUUGUCAAUUCUGGUGGAAUCCCAUGCUAGUCUAGAGGAGCAACUGUUGAGAACCAAGUCCAAGGUCUCAAAGUAGACCUAAUCUAUUAAGUGUGUGUGUGUUUGUGUUAUGUUUUGUUGAACUACCCCCUUUUGUAAACUUAUGUCUGUCUGAUUUGGAGGUUUACUCUGUUUCCUAUCUUAAUUCCUUCCCCA